CGGGGCGCCAUGCGGGCGGCGCUGCGGGCGCGGCUCGGGUGGGCGCGCCGGGCGCUCGGCGGGGCCGCGCCGGGUCGCGCCCCGGCACCGCCGUGCUGGAGCUGCGGCGCUGCGCUCCCCGGCGGGGACGGGCCGCGCUUCUGCCCCGGCUGCCAGGCUCUGCAGCCGCCGGCGCCGCGGCCUGACCUCUUCCGCCUGAUGGACUGUGACCGCUCCUUCCGUGUCGAUGCGCGGCAGCUGCAGCGGCGGUUCCGGAGCCUGCAGCGCGCCGUCCACCCCGACCGCUUCGGCCAGAGGCCGCCGAAAGAGCAGUACUACUCUGAGCAACACUCUUCCCUGAUCAACAAGGCCUACCAGACCCUGCUGAACCCUCUGAGCCGAGGCCUCUAUCUACUGGAGCUGAGUGGAGUGGAGCCAAUACAAGAGACAGACUGUGAUGCAGACUCAGCGUUCCUUAUGGAAAUCAUGGAAAUUAAUGAGAAAUUAGCAGAGCCCAAAAAUAAGGAUAGCCUUGAAGAAAUUGAAACUUUAAUUAAAGUUAAACUAGAAGAACUGACCAGAGAGGUGACUUCAGCUUUUGAAAGAGAUGAUCUUCAAGAAGCCAAGAAGCUGCUAGCAAAAAUGAAGUAUUUUGCAAACUUAGAGGAUAAACUAAAGGCCAAGAAGAUCCCUUCUUGAUGUUGCCUCCUUUGCUAUUAAGAGUCAAAUGUUAUUUUCAAUUAAACAGAUGUUUUAUUAUCAAAA